AUGUCGGCAAAACUAUCCGAGGCGACAGCAAAAGAGAAUGCCACAAGAGACCGUUCUUCAGCGGUAGUCGUAGCAGCCGUUGCAGCUGCAGUUGUAGCAGCUGCAGCAGCUGCUCAAGUUGCAGCGGCGACAGUGAAGGAAGCAGCACGGAGUUUUCGGUGGCAGAAGGCGCUUUCAGCGGCAGUAGCAAGGGGUGGCGCUAGCCCCACACAGCCUCAGGGUCAGGCUACGCUAAUUCCCACGGUACCAUCAGAAGACAACGCGAGUCAUACGAAGGUGGUGUUCAAGGGCAGAUACACAAACUUUCCUCUGGGACACAUAUGGGAAAAGUACGACUUCGUGCAGACACACCUGCUGCUUCAGGAGGCUCUCAUCCUACAGCAGGGGCAGCAGCCGGAGUUGCUGGGGCCAGAGCAGGAGUUGCAGCAAAGAUUCAUCGUGAACCUUCGUCUGGAGCAGGCCCACUCUAAGCCCCUGGACCAGCCCAAGGAGUAG